CUAAUUUUACCUCGGUGCUACACCUGCUCUGCCUAGCCUGGUUAACGGUUCCUGUGUUGACAUUAUUCUUCAACAACUUGCAAUAAUGACACAGGUGGAGUAAGCGCUUUUAACGUCAUGAUGAAGUAUCUGGUACUUGUGACCUUUUUGGCUCCUUGUUGGGUCAAUUGUGCGAUUAAAUCAAGGGCCACCGAGGAAGAGACACCGGGAAAUGACACAGAUUUCGAGGCUCUGAGCUCAUUGCUGUCUGACUUUGAGGUGCUGCCCGUGUCCGGCCUCCAGCAGCACUCACUCAGGAAGAGGGACGUCCACACAGAGUCCCAGCUGGAGCGCAUUGUCAGCUUCAGUGCCCUCAAGAGACAUUUUAAGCUUUACUUGACAACUAACACAGACUUGUUCACUGAGGACUUCAAAGCUGUGUUUGUAGAUAAGCAAGGGAAGGAAGACCGCUAUGAUGUUCAGCUGCAGAACUACUUUACUGGACAUCUUGUAGGCGAGGAGCACUCCCGUGUUCAGGCACACAUAGACGGGGCCGAGUUCUCGGCCCACAUCCUGACAGAGGAGACAGAGUACAACGUAGAGCCCCUUUGGAGGUUCACCGAGGUGCCCCCCGAUGGCCGUCUGUUGGUAUAUCGCUCUGAGGACAUCCGGAACCUCAGUCGCCUGGCCUCGCCCAAGGUGUGUGGAUACAUCCACGCUGGGGCCCAGGACCUGCUACCAGAGGCCGCCAGAGGUGGAGAGGCACGGGAGGAUUCCCUCCACAGAGAGAAGAGAGUGACCCACAACCACAAGAAGAACACCUGUCCUCUAGCCCUGGUGGCUGACUACCGCUUCUUCAAACACAUGGGCCGCGGAGAGGAGAGCAUUACACUCAACUACCUGAUUGAGUUGAUUGACAGAGUGGACGACAUGUACAGGAACACAACCUGGGAUGAUGAGUUUACAGGAUACGGUGUUCAGAUCCAACAGAUCAUCAUCAACAAGGAGCCGACCAGAGCGCCGCUUGGCCAGGCUGGGCCGGACUGGACCCACUACAACAUGAAUGGAAGCCCCAUCCAAGGCAAGGAGGUGUGGGACGUCAAGAAACUGCUGGAACAAUUUAGCACGGACAUAGCGGACAAUGCUAGCACUGUGUGCCUUGCCCACCUGUUCACCUAUCAGGACUUUGAUGAGGGGACACUGGGCUUGGCUUAUGUGGCCCCUUCUAAAGCCCAGGCUAUGGGGGGCCUCUGUCCUAAACCUUUCUUUCCAUCUAGUUCCGUUAAGAACCCCAGUUUCCUCAACACUGGUUUAACCAGCACUAAGAAUUAUGGCAAAACCAUUCUAACCAAGGAAGCAGAUUUGGUGACAACCCAUGAGCUAGGCCACAACUUUGGAGCUGAGCACGACCCUGACAGCAUGCAUUACUGCGCCCCUAGCGAUGACCACGGGGGCAAGUUUGUCAUGUACCCCAUCGCUGUGAGCGGGGACCACUACAAUAACAAGCGUUUCUCCAACUGCAGUAAGAUCUCCAUAGGGAAGACGCUGCGCCUCAAGGCUCCCAUCUGCUUCAAGGAGAGGAACAGCAAGGUGUGUGGGAACCUGCGCGUUGAGGAAGGGGAGGAGUGUGACCCGGGCCUGCUGCACCUCAACGACGACCAGUGCUGCUCCGCCGACUGCAAGUUCAGGCCCGAGUCCCAGUGCAGUGACAGGAACAGUCCAUGCUGUAAGAACUGCAAGUUUCAGCAGGCAGGCAAGCCGUGCCAGGAGCCAAUCAACGCCACCUGUAAAGGCAUGUCCCUCUGCACAGGUAAGAGCAGUGAGUGCCCAAACCCAGACAACGCUCCGGACAAUACCAUCUGUGUGGACAGCGGGAGGUGCAGCGACGGGGAGUGCAUGACCUUCUGUGAGGCUGUGCAGAACCUGCAGCCAUGUGCUUGUAAUGAGCUGGUCAAUUCGUGUAAGGUCUGCUGCCGGGACAAAAAUGGCACCUGCACUCCCUUCGUCAAAAAGGACCAGAACUUCCUGUACCUGCGCAAGGGGAAACCCUGCACCGUGGGCUUCUGUGAUGAGGGCGGCAAAUGCAUGAAGCAAGUCCAGGAUGUGAUCGAGAGGUUGUGGGAUUUCAUCGACAAGCUGGACAUCAACACUUUCGGGAAGUUCCUAGCAGACAACAUUGUGGCCUCAGUGGUGGUGUUCUCUCUGAUUUUCUGGAUCCCUCUCAGUAUCCUGGUGCACUGUGUGGAUAAAAAUCUGGAGAAGGAGUAUGAGAACACCAAGCCCAGCAAAGCAGAGAUGCUGAGCAGCCUCGAGACGGCCUCUGUCGUCGUCAUCAAGCCAUCUACGCCUCCAACCUCCUCCGGCACUCGGAUUCUUCUCCACUCCCUCCCUUCUCUACCCCCAACGGGCCCACCUGCCUCAGGCAGCAUCAGUGCCCCAGGCUUGGCUUCUGGCCCGGGAAGUGGGGGGAUCGUGGUGGGGGAGGGCCCGCGGAUGGCCACCAUACAGGAGGAUCCCAGCUGCGAUUCUCACCUCGACACGGAUGAAGACGACUUCCCUCCACCCGGAGGCUCCAACACCACCAAGUCGUCUUACGAGGACCUGACGGCAGAGCGGAGCACGCCACGGUCGGGCAGCCACGACAAGCCCCGCCUCGAGGCAAACCUGUAUGGUGAACAGUAAAGCGUUUUCAGUGCUGAGGGAACAUGUUUGUAUAUAUACUCACAUACACACAGCCAUGGGCAUGUACAUGCAAACACACGUGUGUACACACACAAUUUUACACGAGUGAACAUAGGCUAGAUUAGAUAGAUGCAUGCAUACAGACACACCACAUAUAGAAGAAGCAUGCAUACAUGACUAAACUAUAGUACCCACACACUGUUAUAGUACACACACACUGUUAUAGUACCCACACACUGUUAUAGUACCCACACACUGUUAUAGUACACACACACUGUUAUAGUACACACACACUGUUAUAGUACACACACACUGUUAUAGUACACACACACUGUUAUAGUACACACAAACAUCCACUCCUAGAAGGGACUGGAAUACUGGUUACACAGCACAUGUGG